UAGAAGAUGAAUGAGUCCCAUCCCAUGUUAGCCAUUAAAUGAGCUUCUCUGCUUUCCCAAUAGUAUUAAAUGCAGCAGCUACACACCCCACCCACCUCUCUUUCUUCUCCCUUCUUCACCCUUCAUCUCCCUUUCUUCUCUAAUCAAAUGGACCAUUUCACCCUCCUAUCAUCAUCUUCAUCUUUCACUUCCAAUGACAAUCCCCUCUUUCUACGCCGCCGCUCCUCCUCCGCCUCCCCCGCCGUUAACCUCCGCCAAUAAGCCUAAUUCCGUCUCCACCAACUUCACCACCAUCGGUCUUGGCUACGCCAUCGCUAUCGCCUUUGGUUUCCUCGUCCUCUUCUCCACCGUCCUUCUCGCUUCCUACAUCUGCUGCCGCUCUAUCGCCGCCCGUCGCCGCCGCCGCCGCCUCGAUGCCGAAGCGGGGUACCGUAAUUCGCACCCUGACGACAACGGGGUGUACCUUCCGCGCAUAAUCUUCGUGGCGGAGGACGACGAGGAAAACGACGGCGUUUCGGGGCAAAACGUGGCCCUUGGGCUCGAUCAGGCGGUGAUCAACUCGUACCCCAAGCUGGUGUACUCGAAGAGGAGCGGGAAUCCUGGGAAUGAUACUUUGUGUUCCAUAUGUCUGUGCGAGUACAAGGAUUCGGAGAUGCUGAGGAUGUUGCCGGAUUGUAAACAUUACUUUCACGUCACGUGCAUCGACGCUUGGUUGAAGCUCAACGCCUCGUGCCCCGUGUGCCGGAACUCUCCCUUGCCGACGCCGCUGUCCACGCCGUUGUCGGAGGUGGUCCCGCUUUCACAGUACUCCGAUGGACGGCGAAGGCAAUGAAUGGAGUGUAAAGUUUAGAUUUUUGGUUAGUGUAGGAUGAUGCUUGGAGCGCAGCUUGAAUUAAUUAAGGGAAAUUUCUUUGAUUUUGAAAUGAUGGGAUUGAUUGAUUUUGGGAAUCUCGGGACGGGAGAAACCUACAAAGCCGGAAUCGUUGAAGAAGCAAGCGAAAGAAAGAUCCUUUGAUGAUUUGGACACCUAUAACUCUCUUCAAAUCCUCCACUUCUUCAACUGCUUCUUUAUUAUCUCUUUUAUGAAGGUUUAUUCGCAGCUGCUGGAUUUCUGCAACUUUCUGAUUCAUCUCAUCAUGAAUGCUUGCAACGUCUGAAGUCAUCUGACACAAAGUACACAGAAAAAAGAAAGAUUGUGAAAUUACCAUAAAUUGUAUUUAGCCUUUUAGAGGUGUGAAGAAAGGAUUCAUAAAAAGCACUGAUUCUUAUGUCACUGAUGAAAUAAAACCAACCAAAACCAUGCAA